AUGGAAUUGUGCUUGAAGGACUUACAAGAGAGAAAGAAGCAGGAAAUGGAUAAUAGAAGGGCUGCAGAGCAAGAUGCUAUUGAUCUGAAGGCAAAUGCCAUUAUGAACAAAAGGCAGCUGUCAGACAAGGUGACGUAACUCCAGUUAUUGCUUUUGGAAGAGGAGAGUCUGGCAAAAAGCUUCGUUGGUGGAAAGACUGAGUGUGCGCAUGAAGCACUUGAACAGCAGAUGAAGCCUUCAGGAAAGUUUGGAGCCCUGGAGACUUUCUCAUACCAGAUCAGACAAAUACACCAGCAGAGUGAGCCCAUCAGUUACUGCAGGUGGUAUUUUGACUGCACUGAAAUCAAAAAGGCAAUGCAGGAGUAUGGGAGUGUAGUAGAAUGGUGGCAUCCAGCAUCACUGUCAUUUGAGCACAUCAUCAACCAUUGUAAGCAUCUCGUACUUCUCAAGCUUGAAGUAUCUCAAGCUCUUCAGUCCAUUCUACAGAAACCACUAGAAGUUCAACUUAAAAAAGACAUCUGCAGUAGUCUUAACGGUACUGCCAAGCAGAAGCCUGGAACAGUGUCGAAAACCAUGUCUUUGGCUGAUUGGUUGCUGCUACUGAAGUAUAAGUAUGUAAGAUCUCUAACAUGGGAAUAUGACAGCCUUCAUCCAAGGUUGAAGUUGUCUGAUUACUGUCUUGUAGUAAGCCAUACAUGGAAGAGGAUAUUUUACCCAUGGGGUCUCCAAAGAUUUGAUAAAUUAUGGUAAGUGCUAAGCAGAGAUAUAUUCUUCUCUGGGAACUGUUACUGGGAAGUCGACCUACUUCAUGCUGGAGCAGGACAGUGUAUUGGUGCAGCCUACUCUUCCACUGGCAGGAAAGGAGUCUGUUGACUUGGCUAGAAUAGAGCAUGCUGGUGCAUUGAAAGAUUUGAUACUGAACACUGGGCAUUUCACAACAGGGAGAGGAUUCCCACUGUGACAGAUGAUCCUGAUGGACCGACAUUUCUUCUGGAUUAUGAAGCAGGAAUACUUUUGUUCUACAAUGUGACUGAUAGCAUGGCUCAUCUGCACACCUGCUGCAAGUUCACAGAGCCAGUUUACCCAGCGUUAACCCUAGAAGGGUCCACUGGAACAUGCAAACUGACUUAA